AAGUGCGCCUGGAGGAGAUCUUGAACAAAAAGCAAGAAACACUCAGGAUCCUCCGGCUGCACUGCCAGGAGAAAGAAAGUGAGUCACAGAGGAACGUGUCUGAGGACUGCCGUGUCCCUCCCCAGGAAGCACACCAUGUUGGAGGACUGCAAGGAGCGGAUUUCUGCCCUGGAUUCCCAGAUCGCAGAAGAGAAGAAAAAACAGAGACAGCUGAGGUUGGAUUUCGAGGAACAACUGGAGGAGCUGAUGCGCCAGCACAAGGACCUCUCAGAAUUCCAUAGGCCUGAGCGGCUGGUGCGGGAGAUCGGCACCCUGGACAGCAGCAAGGAGCAGCUGCUCAAGGAAGAGAGGCUGGUGCAGGCAAAGCUGGAGGACGUGAAGCAUCGGCUGCGCUCCCUGUGCGGGGCCAAGGGCCCCGCCACCAUUACCGAGGGACUCUUCCUCCGCAGCCAGGAGGCCGCGGCCGCCAUGCAGCUGUUCAAGGAGGAGAACCAGAAGGCGGAGGAGCUCCUGGAGGCCGCCCAGCAGCACUACCAGCAGCUGCAGCAGAAGCGCCAGCAGCUGCAGGAGAAGCGCCAGAGGCUGAAAGAGGAGCUGGCGAAGUGUGGAGUGCAGGUUCCUGCCCAAGCCCAGAGCACCCAAGAGGAAGGGGUGCGCCCAGGAGAAGUGGCCAAACCCAGGCUCCUCAGAGCCAGAGAGGAGGAAGAGCCACAGCUGUCCAUGGAAGAGGGCCUGCCUGCAUAGGCCACAGCACACCCCAGCCCUCCCAACUCUAGACUUCAUUCCAGGGGUCUGUGGAAAAUAAAGGCUG